ACGGGAUACGGAAGCUGGCAGACAGAACUGGAAGAAAAGUGGACGACUCAGACGUUUCGAUGCAAUUUUUACGAUUGUAAAUCACACAGCUAAAAACAAAAAUGCGUGAAAUUGUCCAUCUUCAGGCUGGUCAGUGUGGCAAUCAGAUUGGAUCAAAAUUUUGGGAAGUUAUUUCUGAGGAACAUGGCAUUGAUCCAACAGGAACAUACCACGGUGAUUCAGACCUUCAACUUGAGAGAAUUGAUGUUUACUAUACAGAGGCCCAGGGUGGGAAGUAUGUCCCUAGGGCUAUCCUUGUUGACCUGGAACCUGGCACCAUGGACGGGGUGAGAUCUGGACCCUUUGGAAAAUUAUUCCGACCCGACAACUUCGUGUUUGGCCAGUCCGGCGCCGGAAACAACUGGGCUAAGGGUCACUACACAGAGGGCGCUGAGCUUGUGGAUUCCAUCAUGGACGUGGUCCGGAAGGAGUCCGAGAGUUGCGACUGUCUCCAGGGUUUCCAGCUUGCGCACUCGCUCGGAGGUGGAACGGGAUCGGGAUUAGGAACGCUGCUCAUCAGCAAAAUAAGGGAGGAAUACCCAGACAGAAUCAUGCAGACCUUUUCUGUUGUUCCAUCGCCAAAGGUAUCGGACACAGUGGUUGAGCCAUACAAUGCUACCCUCUCAGUCCAUCAGCUGGUUGAGAACACAGACGCGACAUACUGUAUCGACAACGAGGCUCUGUACGACAUCUGCUUCCGUACCCUGAAACUGACUACCCCAACCUAUGGUGACUUGAACCAUCUAGUGUCUGUUACCAUGUCCGGAAUCACAACCUGUUUCAGAUUUCCUGGUCAAUUGAACGCUGAUCUUCGCAAACUGGCGGUCAACAUGGUUCCAUUCCCACGUCUCCACUUCUUCAUGCCAGGCUUUGCUCCACUCACCUCCCGUGGAAGCCAGCAGUACAGCGCCCUGACAGUCCCUGAGCUCACCCAGCAGAUGUUUGAUGCCAAGAACAUGAUGGCUGCCUGCGAUCCACGUCACGGUCGAUACCUCACUGUUGCCGCCAUCUUCCGUGGCCGCAUGUCCAUGAAGGAGGUAGAUGAGCAGAUGUUGAACAUACAGAACAAGAACAGCAGCUACUUCGUCGAAUGGAUCCCCAACAACGUGAAGACAGCUGUCUGCGACAUUCCACCACGUGGACUCAAGAUGUGUGCAACCUUCAUCGGCAACAGCACCGCCAUCCAGGAGCUCUUCAAGCGAAUCUCCGAGCAGUUCACCGCCAUGUUCAGGAGAAAGGCUUUCCUCCACUGGUACACUGGUGAGGGUAUGGAUGAGAUGGAGUUCACUGAGGCAGAGUCCAACAUGAAUGACUUGGUCUCUGAGUACCAGCAAUACCAGGAGGCUACUGCUGAUGAGGGGGAGUAUGAGGAGGACGAAGAGGAAGAAGGGGAUGAACCAAUUGCUCAGUGAAUGGUCACUCAGUAAAGAUUCACACAGUACACCAGUCAGUUUGCUUUUAAAUCUUCAUUGUAUGCAUGGACUAUUUUUGUCUAACUAUUUUCACAUGUAUGUUGUAUCGUCAGUCCUAGCAAUAGAGUAGUUGUCAUAGGGAAUAGCUUUAUCAUUGCCUGUUCCAGGUGAAUAACAUAGAUGAUCCCAUAAACAAUUGGUUUGCUGUAUUCUGAUUAAACUUUGGAAACUGAAUAACUGUAUUCAUAAAACUAACCUUUGGUAAUGGAAUGACUCACUGGGGUUUGGUUUUUAAAGAAACGAAAAGAAGAAAUAACACUGUGACAAAACAGAGGAAGAAAAUUUAAAGAAAUUAGGUUGAUUGUGGUGAUGUUAACACAAGUUAGUUCGCUUGUAACGAACAGUUUUGGUAAUAAAGUUUGAUUCCAUUCAAUUAUCAUCUGGACUGCAGCUCUUCUACACUUCAAGUAAUGCAAAUGAUAAUGUUUAUAUCUUUGGAUAUUUAUAAUCAUGAAUACCUUGGGAAUCAUAUUUCUUAUAUACAUCCUAUGAUGGACAGUAUAUUUGAAAGCUUGGAAGAAAUUUUGCAGUCCAACUGACAAAUAUCACCCUCAUUGGCUGCCUUGUUCAGUCAUGAUUUUCUUCUGUUUUGUAAUUCCUUUCAACAAUAUUACAAUACAAAUGUCAUGUAAUUCAUUUGAAAAUACUGAUCACAAACCUGUAACUGACCUCACACUGUUACAAUAGUGGGCAGAUUUACAGCAAACUCAACUUAAUCGAGAUCUGAAGGCUUUGUGCUUAUAAAACACAAAAUGUCUAGACAAAACCUAGCAUCCACAAACUCUGGAGACCUUACAAUCAUGGAAAUGUAAUACAAACUAUGCAGUAGUCACACUGAGCUAGAGUCUGAACUUUAAAAUUUGGUAAGAAGUCAAUGUUUUGCACUGCACUACAUUUACUUUUUUGUUUCUGAAAUUCAUUAAAGCAACACGUACAUGUAAGCAUACUGGAAUUUUAAGGUCAGAUUGCAUCAUAUGAACAGUGCUUGAAUCAGGGCUUGACCUUAGCGGUAGCCCAGUCUGUUUUGGCUACCCAUUAGUUGCUUGUGCUACCAGAUGUCUAAACCCAGUAGUCCCCGGGCUACUAGAUUUGUUUUGCACAUCCAGUUACUCCACAAUCGACAAUUAACAACAAGAAAUCUAAGAAAAAACCUCCUAAAACAACAUGUUUAAAUAAAAGUAAAUGGUUCUGCUUUUUGUUUAAUUUAUUAAAAUUGUGGGCUACCAAUUUUUACUGAGGGCUACCAGAUUUUAUAACCUGGUAGUCCAGUUGGCUACCACUGAAAAACGUUAGGUCAAGACUUGAAACUGUAUAAAUCUGUUUACACUGGAGUAGAGUUGGGAAUUUGAUAAGAAGGGCCAAGGUCUUCCAUUGCACAAAACUUACUUUUUAUGACACUAAAACAACAUGUAAGUAUACUGGAUUUCAAUGUCAGAUUUCAGCAAAUUGGAUGUUUUAAUAUUUAAAAACAAAAUAAUGGCCUAAUAAAAGAAUUUACCAAAAUUCAACUUUCAAUGCCAAAGGAUCUGAUCUUCAUGUUUGAUUCCUGAAAUUUUUUGUAUUUCUGUUACUUGUAUUUUCUUUAAUUAUGUGUCUUUCGUAGAGGUUUUAGAACAUAUACAAUGGUGCUGGUUCAAUGCUAUAUGUUAGAGAAGGAAUGUCUGUUUUUGUUUAUAGUGUCUUAUUGUUAUUUACUGGUGGAGAUGGAGACUCAGAACUUCAGUUAAAAACUAAGUUAUAUGUAAUAUGCAUUUUUAUUAGCCCAUUAAAGUAUGCAAUUACUGUACUUGCCACAAUGCAUGCUCGUAAGUAUUAUUUUAUGUCAUGUCACUUUGGAGCUCAUACUUACAGGUCAGGUAACUAGAUUAACGUGCUCAUGUACUACUGGGGUUUCGAACACACCUCAUAUUUACAGGGCUCACACUGGAACAAAUUUUGGUUGAGCCAAUUUUCAGAUAUUUAGAGUAGUUCCUUGAAAAUUAUUAAAAUGUAUGUUAAUUUAAGGAAAUUUGUAUUAGCCAAAGACUAAAUAUUUUAGCCACUUUGUAUAAAAAUUAGCAAUUGUCUAAUUUGGCAAUGGACAAGGUGUGCCCAGAAUUUUUUGUUUUUUAUUGUUACUAUUGGUUGGGUUUGGAAAUCAAUAAGGAAUUAAAAACCUAAACAGUUUCUAAUAGUGUUUUUUUUUUAAAUAUAUUAUUAUUACUAUUGGUUGGAUUUGGAAAUCAAUAAGAAAUUAAAAACCAGAACACUUUCUGAUAGUUUAAAAAAAUUAAAAUUAAUAUUACUAUUGGUUGGGUUUGGAACUCGGUAAGGAAUUAAAAAUGUAAACAUGUUCUAAUAGGUGUUUUUUUUAAUAUAUUAUUAUUACUCCAUUCAGAGUGGACCAUUACUGAACUAUUCAUUUCAUUGACGGAAGCAAUGUACCUACCAAUCCUGAUGAGGGAAGUUUAAUUGUAUUUUGGGACAGUGUGACAUUAAUUUGUAAACUACUACUAAUAAUAAUAAUAAGUUCAUUUAUAUAGCGCUAAACUCCACACUAAUGUAUGCUCAAAGCACAUUACAUAAUUAAAAUGACAUGGUUAAAACAAUAAUGUAGUAAAACAAUUGGUAGGAUAAUACUAAAAUAACAAAUAAAUAUGAGUUAUUAUAAAUGCUUAAGAGGGGAGAUAAAAAGUCAGUCUGGAUAAUUAAAAGUACUGGAUAUACAAAUGUGUUUUAAGAAAUUUUUAAACUCUAUAAGAUUUGGGACAUUUUUAAGUGUGUCUGGCAGUUCAUUCCAUUUCUUCACAAAACUUGCUACAUUAUAAACAUAUAAACUACAAAUCAUAAACAAAAAAUAUGAGUGAAUGAAUAGUGUAACAAUGAGUUCUGGUUUAACAAAAUACAUGUAUGUAUGUUACAAAUGUUUGGAAUAUAUUCUUUUUUAAAAGUUCAUAAAGAAUGGAUCUGUACCAACUCCCUGGGGCAAACAAAAAGACUAUUUGUGUAGUUUGGGAUGUGGGGAGUUGGGUAAUUAAAGUCAAUUUUAUAUAUGUUUGAAACACCAGUAGGAUAUGGUGAAAAUAUAUAAUUUAGAAAUUAAAUCUGUUAUAAUUUUAAAAAUAAAUUUGUUUGCUACUUUAUUUUAUUGCCAAAAAUUGUUACAUGCAAAUACUGUAUUUGAUUAUUUUAAUUUUUAAUUUUUGCAUACACAUGUACAUGUAUUUUUAUUUACAUUUACAAACUUCCAAAUUUUAACAUAUAUUUAAUGCUUUUAAUUAAUGCAGCUCAUGGUACUGUGUAAAUCUGUUUAAUAUUGUUAUACAUUGUUGAUAUCCAAGAUGUAUUACACUGCUUUAUGUGUUGCCCUGAUUUAUUAUUUAAUAACAUUAUAUAUAUAAAAUAUACAAUGAUGUAUUAAUAAAUUAUUAUUUAUGCAUUAAAA